AUGCUUCACUCCACUAUUGAAGGAAUCAACGUGGACGAAUUGUUGACCUAUUUGGAACGAGAAAACCAACAUCCAAUGAAGGCCAUGAUCGGAUAUAAAUUUCCAACUCAGGCCGAUCAUGUUCAUCAUUCCAGUAUUGAGUUAUUGUGUGGAAAAUGUGGAAAUGUAUUAAAUAUUUCAUCAUUGGAAGGUUCGGAAAGACAAUCGGUGAUGCUAAUUAAACAAAUGGAUCGACCGUUUAUUUCAAUUCAAAUCAUGAAUGAGGACACUCCACUGCAGCAACAAUCAUUUCCUUUGGAAUUUGGAAAUUUGAGAAUUGUCCAGAAUCAUUCUUCUAAAGACUUGAUCAUUCAAUGCAAAAAUUGUAGCCUUCAAAUAGGAACAGCAUCAUUUCCGAACCAUCAAAAGAAGAAGGCUAAAAUGUUGAAUUCACAACAGAAUGAUGAAUCUCAAUCCAUUCCUCUCAAUGGAAAAUUAUUUUGGAAAGAUAUUUUCAGUCAAGAAGGAUGUGAAUAUUUAAUUCUUCUUCCCAAAACUAUGAAUCUCUCUCACAUUCCAUUUUCAACAAAUCAAUCGGUCAAGGCAAGUCAACAAGCAGCUCGUGAACCUAAUGAGAUUCGUUUUAAAAAAAUUAUUCAACGACAGUUGGAAGAAGAAGAGAGAAUUCGCAAUGCAUCUACACAAGAUCCAAUGACAGCAACUGAAAAUUAUCAAGCUCAUGUCAGAGAAGCAGAAAUUGCUAAACGUAAAAUGUUUAAACGUUUGCAUAAUUUGAAAAUGAGUGAUCACGAUUUGGAGAAUGACACGGCCUGGGAACAAUGGCUCUUUUGGUAUCGAGAUAAAAAGAUUCCAACAUUGUAUAACAAGUUUAAUCAAUUAUUGAAAGAUGAAUUUCAUGGAAAUGUGAGAGCUGUUCGAAAAAUUGAAGAAGUCAUUAAGGGACACAUUUUGGAAAAUUUGCAAUUACAUCCAUCCGUGUUAAAAUUGAAAUGUUUAGUAGAAAGUGACAAUGAAAAUGACAAGUUUGAAUUGAGAUCCAUUCUUCACAAGAGAAUUUUCAAUGAGACCUUGACACCAUCUCCAUCGUUUGAGAUUUUACCAUACUCGAGUUCUGUGUGUGAAGAGCACUACAAGGGAAAAUUCUUUUGUUUUAUUGAUUUGGCAAAGGCAAACUUUUCCACAUUGAGAACUUUAGAUCCUGAUAUUUUCGGAGCUAGCCCUGAAAGCAACAUGACUUGGAGACAGUUUCUCAAUAAGGAGACAACUUUUGAGCUCUUCCAUAAUUUUCACUACACAAUUAGACAUCCAGUUUUUGGAAAAUUGAAUCAUGGCUUUUCCACACGAAAAAUGAUUGAAAUUGCAGAACAUGAACAAUUGAACGUCUUGUAUAACAUGAUGAAAAAGCAUUUACUGAAAGAACAUGCAUAUUUAUUUGAAGAAUCUCAUUGCUUUGUACCACCCAUGCAAUGUGCAUCUGAUGCAUUCUUUUUCUGUUUCCAUACUGAACAAGAUGCCAAGAUUGCCUUCGAUGCCUUGUGUCAAUUCGAUUCUGAACUCUAUCCCAAUGUGAAAGAUUUAAUUCACUUGACUGUCUUUAAGAAUCAUUAUUAUUAUUUUUCUGAAAGCAAUUCGGAUUCGGACAUGGAAAAACAACGAUGGUUUGUCGUGAAAGAAACAUUACAUUCUCAAGAAGUGUGUGAAGAAAAAUUUACUAUUUGUGCUGUCCAAUUGGAGGAUCGACCAUUUAUUGAAGAUCAUUUCGAGAGAGCUUUGGCAUUAUUUUCAAAAGAAUUGUAG